UGGGAUUUCAAAGACGUCUGGCCGACCUACUCAGAACACAUUGUUAAAAAUUGCACAUUUCUAAUUCAAUAGACUUUUAUUCCUACCUAUCUAUUUUAAAGUUCAAAAAUCAAUUUAAAAGAAAUUUGAAAAUCAAAGAACGAUGGGAAAAUCUAAAAAGACCAAGACUGAUCAAGUUGAGGCUGUGGAGCAAAGCGAAAACAUUGAGAUAGAAAAAAAUAGUGUAAAACUUGAGAAAUCAAAGGUGUUGAUUGAGAUCAAAGCCAAGCCAAAUCAACCGUCGAGAAGUUUAGUUGAGGAUGAAGGUGAAGAUGAAGAUAAUUAUAUUGCACCAGCUAAAUCAGCGUUUGCCUUGUUGGAUAUUGAGUCUGGGGCAGACGAAAGUGACGACGUGGAAGAGUCACCAAAAGUUGUUUCAAAAAAAGCCAUUGGUACAAAAAAACCAAUAGAUGCACAAAAGGUAAACAAAAAAUUAAAUAAGAAGAAGGAAAAAAAAGCAACAAAGGAAGAAGAUGACGAUUUAGACAGAAUGAUUGCCGAGCUCAAACUAGAAUAUAAUGAGCCCAAUGCUAUGUCAAAUAAAAAAGACAAAAAGGCAAAAUCCAAACAAGCUGAAGUAACAAAAGUUGAAAGUACGCUGACUAACAAAUCAACAAAAGCAUCUGAAAAGGAAAAUGAUGGUAAAGUGAAAGACGAUGUAAAAAAGGAACAAGAACUUGCAGGGGAUGGCAAGAAGAAAAAAGGACCGAACAAAGCAAUGGUUGCUAUUAUGCAAGAGCGACUAAAAUUAGUGAAGGAAGAAGAAGAACGACUUAAAAAAGAAGAGGAAGAAAAACUUAGAGCAGAAGAGGAAGCUGAAAGAGUACGUGCAGAAAAGAAGCGUGUUGAAGCGGAGAAAAAAGAGAAAAAGAAAUUAAAGGACAAAGAACGUAAGGAGCGACUUAAAGCCGAAGGGAAACUCUUGUCAGAUAAACAAAAACGCGAAAAAGCCAGAGCUGCUGCUAUGAUUGAGUCUCUAAAGGCUCAAGGACUAGACUUGCCUGAAAUAGGAGAAAAAAGAACUCGUCCUGGAACUCGUGUACGUCUCUCAAAAUCAAAAAAGAACGAUCUUCAAGAAAAAUGUUUGUCUUCAGAAAUAUCUGAAAAUAAAGACAGUAAAAUAACAAAUCAAACGGAACUACAUCAAUUAAACAAAAUUCCAGUAGAAGAAACUGUCAAAGAUUCCUGGGAUGCUGAUUCAGAGUCAGAAGAUGAUUUCGUCAAAGUAGAAACACCCCUUAUAAAUGAUGAAGAAAAAUGUGAAGGAGAAGAACAAAGUGAAGAAUCAGACGGUUCUGAUUCUGAUAUGGAAUCUAAAGAAGAAAGUGAGAGUGAAGAGGAAUCUAAAGAAGAUGGAAAAUCUCACGCUGAAGCUGCACGGGAAAGAGCUUUGGCUAGAAUAAAAAAACGUGCUACUGAAGCGGAAAACUCGCGUUCUUUAGACAAUUUGAGAGCAGCUAUUGUAUGUGUGCUGGGCCAUGUCGACACUGGGAAAACCAAAAUUUUGGAUAAACUCAGGAGAACAAAUGUUCAGGAUGGUGAAGCAGGUGGAAUAACGCAACAAAUUGGAGCCACCAAUGUACCUAUUGAAAAUAUAAAAGAACAAACGAAAUUUGUACAUGAUUUUAUUAAAAUGGAUUUUAAACUUCCCGGUCUUCUAAUAAUCGAUACACCAGGUCACGAGUCUUUUAGCAAUUUGCGAAGCAGAGGUUCAUCUUUAUGUGAUAUUGCUAUUCUCGUUGUUGAUAUAAUGCAUGGUUUAGAACCACAAACAAUUGAAUCAAUAAACUUACUUAAACAAAGGAAAACACCAUUUGUAGUUGCCUUAAACAAAAUUGACCGUUUGUAUGACUGGGAAACGUAUAAUCGCAAAGAUAUUCGUGACAUCAUUAAAUCUCAAGGAACGAAUACACAACAAGAGUUUCAAAAACGCACUAACGAUAUCAUAGUUCAAUUUGCAGAACAAGGCUUAAAUGCUUCUCUCUUUUAUAACAACCCCGAUCCAAAGAGUUAUAUAUCUUUGGUACCAACUAGUGCCGUUACUGGUGAAGGAAUGGGAAAUUUGUUAUUUUUGAUAUGUCAAUUCUGUCAAUCACAAUUGCCAAAACGUUUAAUGUUUAGUGAAGCCCUACAAGCUAGUGUUUUGGAAGUAAAAGCAGUUGCAGGUUUAGGAACUACAAUUGAUGUAAUUUUGGUUAAUGGUCGUCUACGAGAGGGACAAACAAUGAUACUGGCUGGCACCGAAGGUCCUAUUCAAACCCAAAUAAAAGCAUUGCUAAUGCCUCAGCCAAUGAAAGAACUUAGAGUCAAAAAUGCUUUUUUGGAACACAAAGAAGUAAUGGCAGCACAAGGUGUUAAAAUAGCUGCAAAAGAGUUGGAAAAAGCUAUCGCUGGGCUAAAUCUUCAAAUUGCACAGAAACCUGAUGAAGUCGAAAUAUAUAAGGAAAUAGUAGCUAAAGAUCUUCGAAGUGUUUUGAGUAGUAUCAAAUUGAGUGAUCGUGGGGUCUUUGUACAGGCUUCUACUCUAGGAUCACUUGAGGCUUUGUUACAGUUCCUCAAAGAUUCGAAAAUACCGUACUCAGGUAUACGAAUUGGUCCAGUUGUAAAAAAGGAUGUUAUGAAAGCAUCAAUCAUGCUUGAGCAUGAUAGUCAAUACGCUACGAUACUAGCAUUCGAUGUCAAAAUAGAACGUGAUGCACAGGAUUUAGCCGAUCACUUAGGUGUAAAAAUUUUUCAAGCUGAUAUUAUUUAUCACUUGUUCGAUAAAUUCACAGCAUACAGAGAAGAACUCAAAUUACGCAAAAAGAAUGAGUUUAAACAUAUUGCUGUUUUUCCAUGUAAACUUAAAAUUUUACCACAAUUUAUAUUUAACUCCAGAGAUCCAAUUGUGAUGGGAGUUAUGGUAGAAGCUGGUAUAGUCAGAGAAGGUACUCCUAUUUGUGUGCCUAGUAAAGACUUCAUUGAUAUUGGUGUAAUAACUUCGGUUGAAUGUAAUCAUAAACAAAUUGAUUAUGCUAGAAAAGGACAAGAGGUUUGCAUAAAAAUUGAAUCAACUGGGGAUGCUCCAAAAAUGUAUGGUCGACAUUUUGAUGAAACAGAUAUGCUUGUCAGUAAGAUAUCCCGUCAGAGCAUUGAUGCAUGUAAAGAUUACUUCCGUGAUGAACUUUUGAAAUCAGAUUGGGCUUUAAUGGUAGAAUUGAAGAAAACUUUUCAGAUUUUGUAGUAAUUUACACAUUUGUUUUAUCUAUUUGCUUUUUUAUAAAACUUUUCCAGGAAAACAAAAUACAUAUUAUGUUUGAAUU